UCUCCCCAUCUCCAUCCCCAUCCCCAUUCCCCACCGCCGAACUCGGCCCGUUCUCUCAAAAAAAAAAAAAAAACUCGGCUGGGUUCUUCUCAGUUCUCUCCUCUCCUCUCGUCUCGUCCUCCGCCUCUAGCGAGAACUGAGACGGUGAAGGGGUGGAUACUGGAGACUGGAAAAUCCAUGAAUCCAUCCAGAGUCGGAUUGGUUUCUCGCUCUUUCCCUCCCUCCUGAUCUUAUUUCAAACCAUUCAGUUUUUGUUGCGAUUUUGCUGCUUGGGUGGUGGUGGAGCAAUGGAAGGGUUUCUGCAUCGCCGGAAACCAACCACGACGAUGACGACGACGAGGAGGAGGAGGAAGAUGCCGUUGCUUCCGGCGAGUCUCCCGAGCAGCGGCGGCCGCCUCGGAUCUCCGCCAUCCCCCCCGCCGAGCUGCGCCUCGCCGGCGUUGGCACGGAGGCCACCGCUUCGGCAGCCGCAGAUGCCGCGGGCGCAUGCGGCGGCGGGGGAUGGGGGACCCCGUGCGUCGGCUUCCUGCUCGGGGGCUUGGCCCGGGCAACGAAAUCUGACCGCCAUUGAUGGUUUUCCCCCACCAUUUGGUCGCCAUUUUACUGUACAUUGCCUGCGCCGAUCUCCAUCCAUCCCGCGAGCAUCCUCGCUCGCUGGCCAGUAUCUGUACUUUGUCUGGAAUUUGCUUGCGUUAACCCUAGCUUCUCUUCUAGAUCUGGAAACUGCCUUUUGUCACAUUUUAUUUCCCCCAAAAUGUGGGGGUUCAAGUUCAGCUGAACCCCAUGCUCAGCGAGUCGCGAGGCGAUUGCAACAUCGGCCAUUUCAUCUCCGCUAGCGGUGGCUGAUGAUGGCAUUCGCUCCAAAAAACCGCGGCUCGUUUGAAGAGUUGCAAAUAGUUUACACCCCUGGAUCUAAACACACCCUGAAUUCCCCGCGGCGAUGAGGAAUGAGGCCGGUUUAGCUCCGGCGCCUCUCCUGAUCGGUGGCGGCCGCCUCGGAUUUCCGCUUUUCGGGGGCCAAUCCCCAGCCGCGUCGCGCACGCCGUGCGGCAUUGGUCUGGAGGCCACUGCUUUGGCAGCUGCCGAUGUCGCGGCGCCUGCGGCGGUGGAGGAUGGGGACCGUGCGUGGCGGUAUCCGCGUUGGCUUCCUGCCCAGGGUUGGCCGAGCAACGCAAAAUCUGAGCCGCAAUUGUUGGAUUUUUCACUAGCCCGUGCGUUGCAAUGGAAAAAAAAAACAAAUUGAGUUUCUAGCUUAUUUAGUAUAAGCACAGCAAUACUUCUAUGAUGAUUUUCCUUAUUGAACAAGUAGGUGAUUUCGAAAUUCAAAAGAACCAACGGUGAAAUGGAAAGGGCUCUUUGGAGGGUGGCGUGAUAAUAUUGUGGGUAAACAUUUUAAGUAGGAUUGAUUUAGUCGCCAUUUUGUUGCACAUUGCUACCCCUCUUUCUCCUCCCUCUCUUUCUCCGCGUGCUUGCGUGAGAGAGAAAGCUGGUACUACUUACUCUGCUUAGAGCAAGUUUAAUAGUAUAGCUAACUACUACUCCCUCCGUUUCACAAUGCAAGUCAUUUUAGUAUUUCCCACAUUCAUAUUGAUGUUGAUGAAUCUAGACAUAUAUAUCUAUCUAGAUUCAUUAACAUCAAUAUGCAUGUGGGAAAUACUAGAAUGACUUACAUUGUGAAACGGAGGAAGUACUAUCUUCAUGGGUGUGUGUUUUGAGCUCGAGCUGAGCUUUGACUGCCCUACUUCCAAGUUCCAACCGGUCUCUGCAUCAGUUCCCCACCUGUAUGGUGCUGCCUCUGCUGCUCCAUUGCCUUGGAUUCGUAGCAGCCAAGGCUGGGAACCUUCAGUGGAGUCUGAUGCGGCUUCCGCGUCGGGAUUUGGUGGGUAGAUGCGCGAUCUGAUCUGAUCUCUGAAUAUCUGAUGGAUGGAUGGAUGGAUGUGUGGUGGUGAUGGAUUUUAUUUGCUAGUUGCUCCUGCUAUUGCGCUUGCUGUUGUGGCCGACACAAUCUCCUCUUGCUCGUCUCUGUAUAUAGUGUGCUCUGCUGCCUGUGUUCCUCUGGGGAUUCUUAAACUUGGGUCAGAAUUCCUGGCAGAUGUGCAAUAUUACAAUAAUUUCCAGUUCACUUCGUAUUGUGGUAAUGAGCAGUGAUGAUCACAAAAGCAUGCUUGCUGUUGGACAUUCAAGGUGGCCAUCUGAUGCCAAAGUACCUGGACCAACUUCUCCAGAAUGUUGGAAACAUGGAAUGGAAUGUGAGAGUGUGGAUGAGGGGCGAUGAUGAUCAGCCUUUUCUGACAAGCAUGCCUUUGAAAAAUCAAGGCAGCUGAGGGUGUCAAUUAGACUUGAUCCUAUCAUCUCUUGUGACCUAUUCACUCACUAAUGUUAGGUGGUUCUUGCACCUAGGAUGGUCAUUCUGUUAAUGAUAACCAAGGAAGGUCCACUUACAUUAGGAUGAGUAGAUUGUGGAGCAAGAUAUAUAGGGGUUGGGUCUGUAUGAUUGAUCAAAGGCAAAUCUGAGCCCACUUAGGCCUCUUUUGGAGUGGAGGAUUUUUUUGGAGCAUUUUCACGGGAAUUGAACUAUUUUCUGUGAAUAUCCUGUGUUUCAAAGGAGGAUAUUUUUGGAGCAUUUUCAUGGGAAUCGAACUAUAGUGGGGAUGAAAACGGUCGGGAAAGUUGUGUCAUCUGUUGUCGUUGUCAACAAUUCGAUGGGAAAACUCAUCUAUUUAUCUUGUCUAAAUUUUUAUGUUCUGAUCUAAUAUUGUUGGGCUUGAAGCUUGAGCGAUAGCCAAGCAGCCAUUGCAGGCCUGCAGCGUGGUUCUGGCUUCAGUGGCUUCGGUGAUUUGUACUGUACUUUCCCUACCUACUUUUUUUCUUCAGCAUCUCGUUUUCUCUUGUAAAUUCUACAGUGUGCCUGCCCCUAGUGCGAUUCUCAAAUAGUUACGGUUGAAAAUUUGUUCAAACCCCAUAGUUUCGAAUUUGAGAAAAGCUUUUGUUUUAGAUCUGAUCAAAUUUCAUUGUUUUUUAUUAACAAGUGCACUAUAUUGCAGUUGUGCAAACUCAUGUUUCUUACGUGCCCUGAAAAUUUUAAGCUUAUUUUUUUCGCGGGCAAUCCGGCUGAAAUUUUUGUUGAAACCGUACUGUUUUAAAUUUGUUAAAACCUUUUGCUUCAGAUUUAAUCAAAUUUCAUUGUUUUUAAUUAAUACAUGCGAAUUUGCAGUGUUACCCAAUCUUAUGUUUUUUUUCUCUAAUAAUUUAAAGACGCAGUCUACCUCCGUUUCCUACUGCGUGUCUGCGGGCAGAUCCCGCAUUACUCCAGAUCCCGUUGCAACGCAUGGGACAGUACUUGUCUCGGGAAAGGAAAAAGUACACCGAAGGUCCCUCAACUUGUCAUCGAGUUACAAAAUCGUCCUUGAACCGCAAAACCAGAUACAACUCAUCCCCCAUCUUGCAUCCCCCCGAUCCAUCCACCGGUGCUACCCCUACCUCCGCGCGGCGAUGCUGCGGCCGGCUUGGGAUGUUCCCCCUGGAGCCGCCGCCGCAGCGGAUCCGGCGGUGGUGCGGGUUGGUGCGGGUUAGGGAUCCGUUGGUCGUGGGGGCGCGGUGCGGCCUCCCGUCGUUGGAGUGGCGGGUGGCCUCGCUGCCACGGCGAGAUCUGAGCCACCACCGCGGCAAUGGAGGAUUCGUACGUGUUUGUUUCAGUUGCAGUUUUGAUUUGGUUUGGUAUGCUUGCCAUCACCAUCACCAGAUUUCGAUUUGUUUCAGUUGCAUUUUCUCCUCCUUCCAGUUUCUCCUCUCCUCUCCUCGCAGUGUACGCUUGCGUGUGUGUACAGUUCCACGCUCUACACACGCUGAGCUAGAAGAGAAGAGCACUGGGGAAAAAAAACUAUGGGUUAAUUGGAUCAAUUGCAAAUUAUAACUACUUGCCACUGUUUGAUAUAUCCGUAAUCUCAUCUUUCUCUCUCACAACACCCUCUCUGAACAAAGUGGCAACUCACUUGUGUUCCAAGGGAUCUUAUUCGGGGCCGCCUCCUCCGCCAUGCCCGUAUGGCUGCUUGGAUGCUCAUCCAUGGCUGUGCAGGCGGUGGUGGGGGCAGGGAACCGAAGAUUAGAGCAAGUUUAAUAGUACAGCCAACUAAUGUCUAUAAGCCACAUCUGUCUCAACCUUGUUGGAAACGUGGCGAGAAAAUUGCACAUCUACCAUCAGAAAAGAGUGGAUUCGUUGGAAACCUGGGAAUGCAGAAUGCCAUCCUCCUCCGCCGCCGCCACCACCAACACCACCCCUUCUCCUCCUUCCAUUCUCUCCUCUCCUUACUGUGUUCUCUCGCGGGCGUGCGUGUACAGUUCGACGCACUACUGCAAACUGAGCUAUAAGGGCAAGCAGAAAAUAAGGGGAAAUUUAACUAUUUGCUAUUGGAUCCAUGCCAUUGUAACUAUCUGCCACUCUUUGACAGAACUGUAAUAUGUCUAUCUCGCAACACCCCCUUUGACAAAGUGGCAACUCACUCACAUGUGUUCAAGGGAUCUUUGGGGCCGCCUUUGGCACGCUCAUGGCUGCCAGGAUGCUCAUCCAUGGCCCGUUCGGCGGUGUUGGGGGCCGGGAACCGUAGGUUGGUGGUGUCUGAUGUGGCUUCGAUGCCGUGGUGACGGGUAGGGUUUGGUCGUCAGAAUUCUGAGGCCUGAGCUCCUUUUAGUGAUGAAUGGCUGGUUUGGACUUUCGAUCUCGAAUUUGUGAAGCUCGCUGUUUCCACUGGCUUGAGCUCUCCUUGGCAUUCAGCUGCUGUUGCUGUGAUGAUCUGAUAUAUACUGUUGUUGCUGCUGCUGCUGCUGGUUGCUACCCUCGUGUGGUGGAGACACCUCCUGCUCACAGGUCGAGGAGGGGGGGGGAUGGGGUGUCUGCGUGCCUAGGCUUGAUGUUGGGAGUGCCAUGGUAUGUUGCCGGAAAUCGCGGCAAGAACAUUUGACAGCCAUUGGGAGCUCCCUCGCUGCCUGAGGUCCAUGGCGCCCCUGGUCCCUGAUCUCCAUCCCGUGAGCAGUGGUGCCAUAGUACUGCUGCAUACUCGCUGGUGAGCAUCCAUACGUGCAUCCUCUGUCAUCCCUCUGUACCCACACCUUUCUCUCUUUGCCUUAACCUUUAACUUCUCUAGAUCUGUGCAUGCGUGAUCACAGUUCGCUAUACGCAAACUCCAAACCCUAAACCAAAUCUGCCCUUCUGUAACAUAUUCACCUGCUAAUGUUAGGUGGUUCUUGCACCUAGGAUGGUCAUUCUGAUAAAUGAUAACCAGGCAGAUCCAUUUACAUCAGUUGAGGGACAUAAAAUAGACUUAUUCCGUGUCAGUUUCCUGCCUGGGGCUGGUCGGGCAAUGUGAAAUCUGAGCCGCUGUUAUGGAUUUUUCACUCUUUAGUCACCAUUUUGCUCUAUACACUGCCAUCCCCCCUCACUCUCGCUGCGCGCUUGCGCGCGAGAGAGAGCUUGCGAGCUGAUCUCGUUGGCAAUGUACGUACAUUCUGCUUAUAUUUUGGAAUGGAGGGAGUAUAUAUGUAUGGUUUUCUCAUCUGUGUGUCUCUAGAAUGUUGGAAACAUGGAAAGGAAUGUGGAUGAAGGGCAAUGAUGAUCAACCUUUUCUGACAAUCCUGCCAUUGAAGAAUCAAGGCAGCUGUGGGUGUCAAUUGGACCUGAUCCUAUCAUCUCUGGCAACCUAUCCACUCACUAAUGUUAGGUGGUUCUUGCACCUAGGAUGGUCAUUCUGUUAAUGAUAACCAGGGCAAAUCCACUUACAUUAUGAUGGAUAGAUGGUGGAGCAAGAUAUGUGGCUGUUGGAUCUUUACGGUUGAGUAAAGGCGAAUCUGAGCCCAAUUAGGCCUCCUAUAUAAUGGCGGAUUUUUGUAGGAUUUUCACGGGUAUUGAACUAAUUCAUGGGAAAAUCCUGUGUUCCAAAGGAACCCUUGUUACUAGGAUGUGUCACAUCCGGUCAAAGUACCUUAUUUUUUGGGACGGAUGGAGUACCUUUUCUAUGUGAAUAGUGUGUCUAUGCCAGCAUUUUCUUCUUCACUUCCCUGUUACAAUGGACUUGGUCUUGUUCCAACGGAAUGCAAUGAUGAUGGUGAUGAUGUUAAACCUUUUCUGAGGCAGUUGUGGUUUUAAAGAACCAACUCUCACCUCUCUUGGAGUCAGUUCAACCAUUCACUAGUGUUAGAGCAAGUUUAAUAGUAUAGCCAACUACUAGCUCCAAAUAGUAUAUAGUCAAUUUAAUAGCCAAUUUAUACAACAGUUACCUAUAAACUUAUACUCCUACACAAGUAAUACAUGGUCCCACCUGUCAUACAUAUAUUACACCUAGUCUGUGCUGCAGCUGGCUACAAAUCUGUUGCCCGCUGCUCUUAUCUCUCCUCAUUUAUCUUCUCGAUAUGCGUUUAUAGUUGGCUUAUAGUCUGCUAUUGUACCUGCUCUUAGUGGUUCUGUGCCUAGGAUGGUCACUCCGAUGACUGAUGAGUGACAAGCAGUGCAGCUCCACUUAUAUUAGUAUGAGUAGAUUGUGGAGCACGAGGUUUGAGGAGGAAAGGCGAAACUGAGCCCGUUCAAUGCCAUUACACUAUUCAUAUUGCUACUGUGCUGGUAAAUUUAACAUAGCACUUCUCUGUUAUUUUUUGAAGCUAAUUGCCAACUUACAAGUGGUCAGUUUGCUGUGUUGGAAAAUUAGCUACAUGCUGAUUUAAAGCUGAAGUUAAUGAGUAUUGAGUACUUAAUGCUGCCUAUCACUCACUUCCAUGGUGAAUUGUUUGAAUGAGAACUCUUAAUCAUUUGCCCAGAUGAUCAGUGAGCCACUCAUCUGUGGACACGGGGGACAUUGGAUGGUGACUCUCACGAGCCCUGUGCAAUUGCCACGUGCAUGCUCCCGCCGUAAAGGACUACAGGUACAUGGCUAGCGGUGAUCUCCACCCCAUGAGCAGCUGUUCUGGUAUCCCGCUGCUUCCUUCCGCUGAAUCCUCGCUCGCUCGCAGGUGAGCACCCAUACAAUCUAGAAGAGAAGGUUCACGCCAUCCAAACCCAAAAUCAUAAACUAAAUUAGCGCUUCUGCGCUGAAAUACUCUUCUCCAAGAGUAUUUGUUUUGAGCUCCAGCUGAGUUUUGACAGCCCUACUUCCAACCGGUCUCUGUGUCAGUUCUCACCUCCAGGGUGCCGCCUCUGCUGCUCCAUUGCCUUGGAUUCAUAGCAGCAAAGGCUGGGAAUCCACGGUGGAGUCUGGUGUGGCUUCCGUGUCAGGAUUUAGCGGGUAGUUGCGAGAUCUGAUCUGAUCUGAUCUUAAAAUCUGAUGGAUGGAUUGGUAUGGUGCUGAUGGUUUUGAUUUACUAGUUGCUACUCCUGCUGUCACCACUGUAAUCUCCUCUUGCUCAUCUCUACAUAUGGUGUGUUCUGCUGCCUGUGUUCCUUGUGGGAUUCUGAAACCUCCAGAAUGUUGGAAACAUGGAAUGGAAUGUGGGAAUGUGGAUGAGGGGCAAUGAUGUUCAACCAUCCACUAAUGUUAGUGAUUCUGUGCCUAGGAUGGUCACUCUGAUGACUGACGAGUGAUAACCAGUGCAGCUACACUUACAUUAGUAUGAGUAGAUUGUGCAGCAAGAGAUGUGAAAAUCGGGUUUUGUACGAUGGAGGAAAGGUGAAACUGAGCUCACUCUGCCAUGGUGAUUUUUUGAAUGGGAGCUCUGAAUCAUUUGUUCCCUUCUAGUUCUGAUUGUAUCUGUUGACCUGUGUGAAAUUGAAUUGUUUUGGAUUUCUUGCUUUAUUUCCUUUUAGCAUUUACUGAAGGUUGGCUUCACAUCUUUGUGUAAUAGUGUUACAAUUGCCCUACAUCACAUGUUUGAUUUGUUUGCGUGCUAUGGAAAUCAGCAUUUGGUCAUGGAUAAAGGGACCAUAUAAUGCCUUGUUUGAACUUAGUUCAUGUAUUUUUGGUAUAUGCUGUGAUAACCUGGGUGAACAAAUGGCAACAGUUCCUUUUGUUGACACUAAUGCAGUGCUUCAAAUUGAUUUCUCAGCAAAACACUUUACCUUUUGUUUUGUUGCAUUUCCUUUCUAUGUUACCUGUUGAAUGGCUGUGAUGAAUUUGGCUGCCCCUUUGUCGGUGUUGGGAGAUCUAUUAACACCUCCUGAGUUGGUUCCUUGCUAAAUUGAUCAGCUGGUCGCCAAACUAGGAGGGCUUGCUUUGCGGCAGGUUACCAGUUUGCGGCUAUUUGCUGGCGGUGGCGGUGGUGGUGGCGGACUGAGGUUUUUAUUACUUCUAUGAUCUAAUUCUAUCAUGAACAUGCCAAUCCCAUUAGAUGGUUCAUGCACAUAGAUAUAUAUAUAUAUAUAUAGAGAGAGAUUGAGACAGAUUCUAUUGCAUUGUUCUGCUACAGUGGCAUGAUCCAACUUUGGUGAUUCAUAAUGGGGGUGAAAUCUGAGCCAUUCCGUAAAGAUUUUCUAAUUUAAAUUUCUAGUGUAUAUUGAUUUCCUCGUUGUUUGUUUGUUGCACUUGCUUGUCUGAAAGUUGUACUAUUUGCCUGCUGGUACUUUUGGGAAAUGCUCCAGAAGGCAUAUUUAUUUUCUGUUCUUUCAGACAACCCUCUUUUUUGUUUUGUUAUUUUUUUUUGUCACUGAUUGAUGGCCUGAAAAAUUGUGUCAUCUGUUGUCGUUGUCAACAAUUCGAUGGGAAAACUCAUCUAUUUAUCGUCUGAAUUUUUAUGUUCUGAUCUAAUUUUGCUGGGCUUGAAGCUUGAAUGUCUUCGAUGAUUUAUAUUGCACUUUCACUACUUUUUUAUUCAGCGACUCGUUUCUCUUGUAAAUUCUACAGUGUGCCUGCCGCUCGUGUGAUUCUCAAAUAAUUACGGUUGGAAAUAUUUUCAAACAGCAAGUUUCGAAUUUGCUGAAAUCUUUUGUUUCAGAUCUGCUCAAAUUUCAUUGUUUUCAAUUAACAUGUGUACUACUCCCUCCGUCACUUAAUAUAAGGUAUUUUGAUAUUUUUGCUUGCACUGUUUGACAAUUCGUCUAAUUCAAAAAGUUUUGGAAUUUUAUUUGUGACUUACUUUAUUAUCUAAAGCACAACUUUUUGUUUUUUAUAUUUGCACAAUUUUUUUAAAUAAGACGUGUGCAUAAACAGGACAACAAAAUAUCAAAAUCCCUUGUAUUAAGGGAUGGAGGGAGUAAUAUUUUGCAGUUGUGCGCAAACUCAUAUUUUUUCUUGCCCUUAAAAUUUUAAGCUUACUUUUCUUGUGGGCAAUCCGGCUGAAAAUUUGUUGAAACCGUACAGUUUCGAAUUUGUUAAAACCUUUUGCUCCAGAUUUAAUCAAAUUCCAUUGUUUUCAACCAAUACAUGCGAAUUUGCAGUGUUACUCAAUCUUAUGUAUUUUUUUCUCUACUAAUUUAAAGUUGCAGUGUUCCUCCUCCCUCCUACUGCGUGUCUGCGUGCAGAUCCCGCAUUACUCCAGAUUCUGUUGCAACGCAUGGGCACAUUACGGGCCGUUGCAACGCAUGGGCACAUUACGGCCUGUUUGGCACAGCUCCAGCUCUAACUCCACCCCUCUGGAGCUGGAGCUCAGCCAAAUAAUUUCAGCUCCACUAAAACUAGGAGUGGAGUUGGUUGGAGCUCUCUCACAAAAAAAUGUACUAGAGCUGUGGAGCUUGGUUUAGGUAGCUCAUAACUCUACUUCAGACUCAACUCCUAGAGUUAUAUCUAGGAGUUGGAGCUGUACCAAACAGGCCCGUAAACAGGCCCGUAGUCUCGGGAAAAUGCAAAGCUAAUGCUUUGAGUUUUGAUCCAACGCGGUCAUGAUUUGGCUUUGAGCCCACAAGCGGCCCAACAGGCUGGACCACCGGCCCAGAUGAUAAGUUGAGGGACCUUCGCUGUACUUUUUUCCUCGGGAAAAUGCAUAGCUUGUUUUGAUCCAACGCAUUCAUGGGCUCGUUUUGAGGCCACAAGCGGCCCAACAGGCUGAACCACCAGCCCAGAUGGGCCACCGCCUGGGAUUCCUCUCCCACAUGCCCUCUCCGCUCGCCACGUGCACCGCUCCCAUCGUGUACAGGUAUCUUCCCUUCCCUUCCCGAGUUUUCCCGUACAAAAACUUCUCUCUGCCGGCGACCCCGGUGUAAGGCUGUGUUUAGUUUCACGCUAAAAUUUCUCUCCGUCUCGUCUCCUACUCCCUCUUCUCUUCUCCCCCAACCUCACUCUUCUCCUCUACAAUCCCUAGGCCGCCGCUGCCGGUGGACGGCGGCGGAGAGCUGACUAGCCGAGCCGAGCAGAUCAGCAGAGAGCGACGCCGCUCGCCGCGCCUGCGGUGGCCUAUGCAUCAUCAUGCAUGGCAUGGCAUGGAUCGAUGGAUCGAACCUGGGACCUUCUGUUUGUGGGGAAGGUGGCGAUGAGGACGGAUGCGGCGGCGGCGGUAUCGGCACCCCCCGAUCCACCGGUGCUACCCCCUUCCUCCGUGCGGCGACGCUGCGGCUUGGGAUGCUCCCCCCCCUUGGUGGUGGAGCAGCCGCCGCGGCGAGCUCGGUGGUGGGGGGUUUUGGGAUCCGUUGGGUCGUGGGGUGGGGUGGGGUGCGGUGCGGCGACCGCGCCGAGCCCACGCUGAGAUCUGAGCCACCACCGCGGCGAUGGAUGGAUGAUUCGUAAGUUUGUUUCAGUUGCGCUUUUGAUUUGGUGUGCUCGCCAUCACCAUAUUUCUGAUUUGUUUCAGUCUCUCCUCUCCUCUGCUCUCCUCUCCUGAACCCAUUUUUGACAAUGGCACCAUGCCAAGAUUUCUCCACACAAGAACAGGCAAGGGGGAAUUUUAACUAUUUGCCACUAUUUGGCAGAUCUCUCUCUCUCUCUCUCUCUCAUUGUCAAAUCUCUCUCUCUUACACACACACAAAACAUCCUCUCUGAACAAAGUGGCAACUCACUUGUGUUCAAGGGAUCUUCUUCGGGGCCGCCUCCACCCACGCUCGCGCGUGGCUGCUUGGAUGCUCAUCCAUGGCUAUGCGGGUGGUGCUGGGGGCAGGGAACCGUAGAUUAGAGCAAGUAUAAUAGUACAGCAGGCUAUCAGCCAAAUCUGGCGAGAAAAUUGCAUAUCUACUCGCUAGAAUGGCAUCACUUUUAACUGGCAUUCGAUGUAAUGCCAUUCGCCGCCGCCGCCGCCUUCUUCUCCUCCUUCCAAUCUCUCCUCUGAUCUUCUCUUCACUGUGUACGCUUGCGUGUAUCAGUUUGACGCUCUACAAACUGAGCUAUAAGGGCAAGCAGAAAUUAUGGGGAAAUUUAACUAUUUGCCAUUGGAUCCAUGCCAUUGUAACUGGAGUAUUUGCUACUCUUCGACACUUCGGGGCCGCCUCCACCAUGCGGCUGGUUGCCUGGAUGCUCAUCCAUGGCCGUGCGGCGGCGUUGGGGGCCGGGAACCGUAGGUUGGUAUUGUCUGGUGUGGCAUCAGUGCCAUGGUGACGGUAGGGUUUGGUCGUCGGACCUUGAGGCCUGAGCUCAUGUCAGUGAUGAAUGGCUAUUUUGGACUUUCGGUCUCGAUUUUGCGAAGUUCGCUGGUACUGCUGGCUUGAGCUCAGUGGCAAAUCUGUUAUCAGUGGCAAAUAGUUAAUUAUUCCGGGAACUAAACACGGCCUUAAUCGCAAAUUUCUCUCUUCGGAGACUCGUCUCGUCUCCUCUUCCCUCUUCUCUUCUCCCCCAACCUCACUCUUCUCUAUAAUCCCUAGGCCGCCGUGGCCGGUGGGCGGCGGCGGCGGAGAGCUGACUAGCCGAGCCUAGCAGGGCAGAGCGACGCCGCCCGCCGCGCCUGCGGUGGCCUAUGCAUCAUCAUGCAUGACAUGACAUGGAUCGAUCGAUCGAACCUGGGACCUUGUGUUGUGGGGAAGGUGGCGAUGAGGACGGAUGCGGCGCCGGCGCCGCUGCCCCCGCCCCCCGAUCCACCGGUGCUACCCCUGCCUCCGCGCAGCGACGCUGCGGCUUGGGAUGCUCCCCCCUGGUGGAGAAGCAGGCACCGUGGCGAGCUCGAUGGGUGGGGGGUUUGGGAUCCGUUGGGUCGUUGGGGUCGGAGUGCCGCGGCGGGGCAGCCACGGGGAGAUCUGAGCCACCACCGCGGGCGAUGAAU